AUGAAUAUUGAAGAAGUUGUAAGCCUUAUCGAGGAACUAUAUUCACCACAUCCUUCUCGCGAUGUUAUUCAAAUCCAACAAAGUCUCCAAGUCGUUCAAAGGUCAGAUGAAGGUAUCCAUCUCGCCAAUGAACUACUAAUAAAUCCUUCUCAUUCUUCAAACGUGAAAUAUUUUGGUGCUUUAACCUUGACGGUUCAAUUGACCACAAAUGUUGAUUCUCAUGAGACUUUGUGGAAACUUUUUAAGUGCAAUUUGUUGCACUUAAGCAAGUGUUGCAAUCUAUACAUAAGUGAUACCCAAGCUUACGCAUCAUUGAUCACCAUAAUAAAAAAAUUAAUGUCUAACCUCUCACUUAUUUUCACGAAUAUCAAUGAGUCCGAUUUUGAGGCCAGUAAUUGCAAUGUAAUUUCACAAUGGAAUAAUCCAGUGAAUACUUUGCUCCAAUUACUUUCAAGUUACAAUAAUGUACCCUUACAUCAAUGGACGACUAAUCCAGAAAUGGAUCAGAUUUUACACCAAUAUAUUAAUGCACCUAUAACAUAUGAUAACUUGAUCCAAUCUAUCCAGUCCUCUCCAGCUUGCAAUAAAUUGCUUCUGAUGUUCACACAAAUUAUAGUGGAAGAUUUAACUAAAUUCCAAACGAAAAAGAAUCGAAUGUCUAAAGUUUACGAAAUUGUGCAUGAUCAUCUGUAUAUCUCCACAAUGGCUCUGAUAAAUGCAAAUUUGACUAUUAUUGACUGCUCUGAUGAUAUAAUCUUCGACAGCAUCAGUGCUUGGAUUAGCUAUAUCUCAAUGGUAAGAAAUGUGUCAAGACAUGGUAGAAUGGAUCUCAAUGAAAUGUUUGAGAAUAUGGUAGACCUUAUACUCAAAUCAACUCAAGAAAGUGAUAAUUUCGCUAUUGCUGAAAAAAUUAUAGGAAUAAUUGGAACCGUUUUUGCCAAUGAUCCUACCUUGAUGGGCUUCGAGCUUCGUGAGAAAAUUGAAAUAAUAUUUAUUGGCGUUUCAAAGUCCGGAAAUCUCGAUAUUUCGAAACAUAACUGGAUGUUACAAUAUAUGAAUCAUUUGGUUACUAAUGAAAUGACUGAGGAAUUGAAGGAGUUAGCUAUUUGCAUUGUUGACUUUCUGCAAAUAAAUACCCUCGAUGUUUGCAACAAACUGUUUACUACAAUCUCUUCAACAACUGUAAACCAUGAGGCUUUACAGCAAUAUGUCAAAGUCCUAUUGCAAAUGACAAAUUUUCCUUUGGUACCAGUUUUAAGGGAGCAUUUUUCUGUGCGAAUGGUAGAUAUUUGGCUGGAUUUGUCCGAAGCUUACACUAAUUUAAGCCCAGAAACAUUGUCGGAACAAGGUCCACAAUUGGCUACUGAAAUCUUUCAGCAAGUCGUUCAAAUACUCUUGCCCAAAAUUAGUUUGAUAAACAAAGGAAAAAUCAUCGAAGGAGAUAGCGAUGAAACAGCUUUUCAUGAAUUCGACGAUUUCCGCUCAGCUGUGUCAGACCUGAUGGAAUCUUUGUGGUCGAUACUCGGCAACGACAAGUUAACCAAUAUUUUAAUUUCAGGUUUGGGCAACCAUUUGCACGCAAUAAAUCAUGUAGAAAAUACAGAUAACGACGGUAUAUUUGACAUAGAAGCUAUUGCCUUUCUACUUAAUACAUUAUUGAGAGAUAUGACCUUAUCUGAGAGUCCUUGGGUCUGUGAUGUUAUGGACUCAUGUGAAUUUCUUGUAGGAAAUAUUUUAAUGCUUUUGCAGCAUGGGUUUGAAAGUCCCGGAAACAGCGCAGGUUCACAUGCUUUGAAGUUAGAUUUUGUAAGAACGAGCUCUGUUCUUCUCGGAACUAUUGCUGGCUACUUCCAGCAAUCUCCCUCUCAGUUAGAUAUUUGUAUCGAUACUCUUUUUCAAGGACUACAAAUAACUACCUUGGGGAGCGGUAGUGAUACGGAGUUAAACAAUAAGUUGGAAAUUCUGACCAUCAAAGCGCUAUCCACAUUAUGUGAUGUAUGCAGGCAAGAAUUAUCUUCUAGUCUAGAUAAAUUUUUGGCGGUAUUGAGUUCAGUCAUGUCACCAAACUCCAACUACUCAAGCUUUACUAGAGAGAAAUUAGUGCGUUCUGUUGGAUAUAUAAUUGAAGCUCAACAGUCAGGUCCUGAACAACAAGGAAACUAUAUUUUACAAUUACUCAGCAUGUUUGAAAAUCUUAUCAGGCAAACUAUGAUGAUCCCGACACAACAAAUGCAACAGCAGAGAAUUUAUUUACAUUGCCUAUUCUCAUGCAUCUCUGAACUAGGUUCCUCGCUUAUUCGAGAAGAAGAGGACGAGAAUUUAUCAGUAAUUGAAAGAAUGUCAGGAUAUAACGAAUAUUGGAAGAACGAUCCCUUGGCUAUUCGAGCAAAGAUCAUGGAUCUAAUCGAGUUCAUAUUAAAUGAUACAUUGUUAUCAGUAGAUCCAGAAUUUGUUGAGGUUGCAUGCUUGAUACUAGGUAAGGCACUAAAUUUACCUGAUGAUGAGCCCCAUUUUCUCAAAUAUUCAAUGUCAGAAAUCAUGCGAUUUCUUUUAAAGCAGGCUGACAAAACUAGUAUUUUGAUUUCUUUGCCCUAUUAUGUUUACUUGCUGGAGAAACUGAUUAAUCGCUUUAAAGAUCAAUUAUCCUCGCAUGACUGUGAUUUUAUCAUCGAACAAGUAUUCCUGAAAAGGUAUCAAGAUAGCAUUGUCUCGGACCCAGACUCGCUUCAAUCUACAAUAAACUUUAUUAAUUGUAUCUUGGAUUGCAAACCGUCCUUACUCAUUCAUUCCAAGCAUUGGAUGACAUUUAUUUUACCUGAGUUUUUGAAACUUCUCUCUGUUAGAGAAAAAUUUACAAUUGUAGCAAUAACUAAAUUUUGGGUAAAGAUCUUAAGCAACAGGAGAUACACACAACAAGAUUUGGCAACAAUGCAGCAACAAAUCAUUUCUUUAGGCCAAGAUUUAGUGUACCAGACGUUAUUUGGCUUGUACCAUACCCAAAGAUCGGAUAUUAACAAUUACACCGAUAUAUUGCGGGCUCUUGUUGCCAAAUUUCCACUUCAAAUCAAAAUGUGGCUUGUAAAUGCUUUGCCGCAAGUGUCAAGUCAUCAUAAAGAUCAUGAAAAAUUGAUAAAUAAGCUACUAGUGACGAGAGGAAAUAGGGCUGCAGGGAAUGCCAUUUUGGAGUGGUGGUUGGAGUGCAAUCAAUUGCCGGCAUUGUAA